UAACCUCACCUGGUGUCUGGUUCUGUCUGUUUACAUCCUCAGCUAAUAUACUGGCUGUCAUCAGCAUGUCAAGAGAGAAUGAAUGAAUAGCGAUGAGUCAGUGAUUUGGUUGAGGGGCUGGGGGCUUACAGUGCUGCUCGAAGGCAAUGUUGACAGACCUGUUGCACUCGAGAAACUUGAGACACUUUCUCCUGUUGUUCUCACACCGCCUCGCGCUGAUUUACAUACAUCCACGCUCAACAGCCUGACAUAUGUCAUCUGUUGAGUCCAAUUAAGUUUAUUAAGGUUGAACAUGCAUAUUAGGGAAUGAUUUGAUUUAACAUACCACGUCAAUAAGUGUCACAUCACAAGUAUGUGCUGUUUCAUUUGAGAUUAUAGCUUUGCAGUGCACACUCAGCCACAGUGUUUGGGAGAGGAAAACAUCUUCAUCCUUUGAUCCGUUUGAUUAAGUUAAUUCUUUACUCAUACAGUGUCAGCAAAGCAAAGAAGUGGCAACUCCUUUCAACAAAGAAUUCUUGAUUAAUUGGCUCAAGAAGAGUGGUGUAGAUUUUACUAAAAGGCCAAUAAAAUGCCCAAGGCAUACAUGUGAGUGGAUGUAGCAUGUAGUGAGCGUUCAUUUUUGUGACUCGAGGCUUAUAUCUAUUUGACCUUUAAAAGACUAGGACAAAGGCUGCCUUUGUUAUUUUACAUGCAAAGUGUUUUUUUUAACUUAUUUCAAAUAUUCAAACAUUCUUGUUUGAACCAAAAGAGGAAGUUGAUGGUCAUCAGGUAUGCAGGCAGGGCGUGUCACCUGAGAGUGACGUGGGAGCAGACAGGUGUGAAUAAUGUGUUGAUGUGUCGGGAGUCGUCACUCCCUCCAGCAUUCCAGCUCACAAACUCGCAGCCACACAGCUCCAAGCCUCAGUAAAGUCUUCCAACAUCACUUCCUCUCAAUACUCACAGAGACUGGAGGAGAUUUACAGCGCACUCACAUGGUGUCCAACCACCAGGACUGGAUAAAGCUAGUUUUUGUGUUGGACUGUAAUUCCUGGAUUCUGUUAGUGUUGUGGAUAUGGGAGGCAGAGAGGAGGUUGUGGUGAGCAGGCUGGGGUCCACCAUGCCGUUUCCACGCACCAGGUUGAGGUUCAGGCUCGGUCCUUCCCUGAGCCCAGCAAGGAAUAUGCGAGUGAUACCAUCUUCCCACAAGAAAAAAGCCAGAAAUCCCAGCCCCACCGAGAUGAGCGUGGAGCCCUGGGCCAACCCGCAGGACCAGGCAGCCGCUGAGCACGCACACAGCACGCACGAGCCACCCUCUCAAGAUCAGGAGCAGCACCCCGAUAAACUCUGCCUGGACUCGUUCUGGAGUGAGGUGGAGACCAUCCGACAGGGGAGUGGCUACACAGACCUCGACUGCACCAGGAGAGAUUCGAGACAGUCAGAAGAGGGCGAACAGGAGGAGCAGUGGUUGGCUGAUGCAGGAUUGUCGAACCUCAUCAGUGAGGACAGUGAGGAUGUAGACAAAGCGGUGCUCCUGUCCACUCUGACCAGGACCCAGGCUGAGGCCGUCCAGCGUCGUCUGGAUUCCUACACGCUGUCCCUCCGAAAGAGGAACAAACCGGCACCGCGCGACGUCCGUGACGUCUUCAACUCCCCCAUUGCUCAGACCCUACUGCCUGAGUCCCAGCAUAGUGAAGACCUCGACCAAAACAGCAUGGCAUCGGUAGCCAAAACAGCACUAUCAGCUGUGACACCAGAGCAUCAGCGAGGUGCCCCUAAAGAGGAAUUUUUCAUCACCGAUGUGGCCUAUUGCGAACAGGCUGUCAUCUUCCUCAAACAGGCCAAACUGCCGCAGAACAACAGCCAACGCAGGAAAGAGGACGGCACCCUGCCCCGGGUGAUCUGCCCCAAGUGCCGUUUAGGAGUGACUCGUAUUCAGGAUCUCUCCCACACUGACAUGAAGAAGGUACGUCAGUUGGCUCUCAUCGACAUGACGGCGCUGUGCGACCUCUUAGAGCUGGAAGUCAAAAGGCAAAAAACCGGCAAGAGGAAAAUCCCAGAGAGCACGCUCUUCGGGGUGCCGCUGGCCACGCUGCUGGAGAAUGAUCAGAAAAUCAAGCCCAACACCUCGAUUCCUCUCUUCCUGCAGGCAUUGUUGUCCUUUUUGGAGAAGAAAGGAGUUGAUUCAGAGGGGAUUCUGCGUGUUCCAGGAUCUCAGUCCAGAAUAAAGCUGCUGCAGCAGAACUUGGAUACCAGCUUCUACUCAGGGCACUUCAGCUGGGAUGAGGUGAGUCCAAACGACGCUGCAGCACUGCUCAAGAAGUUCAUCCGGGAAUUGCCGGCCCCUCUGCUCACUGCCGAGUACCUCAACACCUUCAGCGCUGUCAGAGACAUUACAGAGCUGAAGCAGAAACUCCACAUGUUGAACCUGCUCAUCCUGCUGCUGCCUGAGCCCAACAGGAACACACUGAAGGUCCUCCUCGACUUCCUCAGUAAGGUGGUUUCCAGGGAGAAGAGGAACAGGAUGAACCUGUGGGCCGUAGCCACCAUCAUGGCUCCCAACCUCUUCCUCCACAAGGCUGUCCCCAGCAGACUGACUGAAGGGGCAGAGAAAGGACAUGCAGAGAAGGCGGCUGAUGUCAUGAGGCUCCUCAUCCGCUACCAGGACCUGCUCUGGACGAUUCCUAAUUUCCUCAUGAGCCAGGUGCGUAAGGUGAAUGAGAACAGUAACCGGCGUUACCAGUUCUACGAUCGCCGCAUCAAGAACCUGCUGAGGAAGAUCCACACAGACAGCCGGGAAAAACCUGAUAAAAACACCUCACAGCUAUGCCGUACAGUGAAGAUCCAGGUUGGCGAUGUGGUGAACGGCACCAUGGAGUAUGAGCUCAACAUCAAUUCCCGAGCCUCAGACCUGCUCGCUCAGUUUCACCGCCAGUCCCUCGGAGGCCUCGAAAAUGGAAAGGGAAAAAUGCGAAGAAACGGCUCUGUGGCAUAUCCAGACUGUGCCCUCUACGAAGUGGGAGGGAAUAUUGGUGAGCAUUGCCUGGAUCCCGACACACACCUUCUGGAUUUGUACAACAGUAACCAUGGGGGAGAGUGGAUCAUCAAAGUGAAACCCAACGCCAGCAGAGGGCUGUGAAGGCUGGCCAGACAGAUUGAAGAACAGCUCGCUGAAGAAGGCAGAGCAUAACAAAAGAUCAGAUCCACGCAGCCCUCUCUGCUUGUCCUCUUCCUCCUUGGAGCAACAUGGGAGAAGGAGACAGAUGGGGGAAGCAGACAGAAAUAUGUGGUGAAUCUGCCAGGAGCAGAGCCUCAAAAGUGUCUUGACCAGAUGAACAUACACUACCAUUUUUCUCCCUCUCUCUCUUUCUUUCUUCUUCCUCAUUCUUCUCCUGCAUUUCCCCAGGGCUGCCAUGCUGCAAGCAUAAAGCAGCUGAUGUGACUCAUUACUUCUGACAGAGAUCCUACUGCAUAGACAACAAAGGAGAGAAAGUGACAGUGCAGUCGUCUUUUUUCAUCUCUGACCAUGAGCAGAUGGAGAUGCAGAGCACUUCUGGCUAUAGAGAGCCCAAUCCCACUCCUUUUCCAGGCCAGCCAGCCAACCAGCCAGCGUGUUUUCUAUUGUGGGUUUCAUUCAUCAGUCUUUUGCUAAAACCCAAAACAAGAGUUUUCUGCCCGUAUUCUUUGCUAAAGUGGUGUCUAACCGUGUGUUGGACAGUGAAUUUUAAACACUCAUUUAUUCUGAGAUUGAACAAAUGUCCAGCUGCUAAAUGGGUCUUGUUGUUGCAACAGCUCUGUUAAUGUUCAACGACUUCGGCACUAGGGACCGAGCUGCAUAGUUCUUAGACUGUGUAUACUUGAAAGACUCUGUAUAUUGACAGGUUUCAAUUCAAUAUCACUCUCAGAUUUUAUCAAUCAUCAGUCAGUGCAGUGCCUGUAUGUAUGUGUCAGGGCAGCUUUUAGCAAAUAGUCAAAAGUUUGAUGCAGCGGCUUUCAUCCAGUCGCUGCACUGCACUCUCCCUGCCUCCAGUCUGUUGUCAUGAACUUGUAUAAAAUCCAAUAGAAUCUCAAUUAUGCAUAUACAAGACUGAGCAAAAUCUACUUGGAGAAAUCAGGUUUCUCAGAUUUCUCCACCCCAGUUACAGAUACAUGAAAUCAGCUUACUGGAGAAAGAUCCAAGUGCAUGUAAACACACUAAUUGACACAAGACUCCAGUAUCGUGUUCUGCAUUUUUAAAUAAAAUUCUGAUGAUUAAAAACCAACAAUGAAAGACAACGCACUAAAAAGCAAAAGCUGGUGGAACAGAGGCUAAACUGGAAAUUAACCUCAGCUCAUUUCAGCUGAUCGAUCCUUCUCAUUUGCCUCUUGUCUCCUGCUCACAUGGUCUCUCCAUUGACAGUUUUCUGGCUCAGAUGUUUUGAUCACAGUGUAAACAAAGACUUCUCUAUAUUGACUUCUUUUUUUUGUCUGUGCCAUUCUAAGAGGGAAAGACACACAGAUGAACUGAUAUCCCCCCUUAUCUGUGAAUUCCUGCCAUCUCCUGGGCCUUAUAAAAAUCCAUAGACUUCCAAGGACCCCUGACUGUAUGGAACAGCGUUCAAAGACCGAGGGAUUUGGUGUCACAACCUCAAAGAUAGUUACUGCACCUCCAAAGGGAGUUGUUAAGGACACACAGUGCAUGAAGCUGGUCUUCAGUUUUCAUUUUUAAGCACGUGAAUCGAACCGAAAGUGCUGAAGUGACUCUUGGGGAUAUGCUGGGAUUAUUGUUAUUUAUAUGAAUGUACUGUAUUGCUGUUACUUCUGUAUUUGUUGAGUAUUCUGUAGCCUAGAGAGACUUCAGGAGUCUCACUCUGCACUCAUUGCAACAGUAUGUUGUGUUAAGUCACCCAUACUAAGUGUGGGAAUUUGCAGUGUUCUUGUACAUAUUUCUUUGUGAUUUUUUAUGGAUCCCCUUUCUUCAGUUUCUUCUGAACAGUACAGUAGGAUAAAGUCCAUGUGUAAAUAUUGCUCAUUCGUACCCUCUGCUGUGAAGAAGCACUGAAAUCACUGCAGUAAGACUGUGUGAGGAGACUGUCUGUGUGUGUGUGUGUGAAGUAUUCCAAACACAGACAAGCAGCGAAUGAAUGUGUUAAACAUAUUGUGACGAUUGUCAGAUGUGAAUCAUUUACUCCUAGCAAUCGGAGCCAUGUUGGUGCACUGCGGCCAUUUUGUGGGAAGUGACUCGUACACUCCGCUCAAUAGAUGGAGUAAUGACAGCCGGCCCAGCACCAACAUCCAUCACCACCCUCUGCUCCAUCUCUGUCACCUCCCAAUAAUGGGCAAUAAUGGCAGUGUGGUGCAUGCAUCAGAAACGCACAGAGGAAUCACAUUUCUUUGAUAAAGGAGAAGGUAAUAAAUGGCUGUUAUAAAUUCUGCUGCCCUGGAACCAGUGACAGCAGUGGUGUGUCUGUGUGUGUGCGUGCAUGUGUGUGAUGAGCCUCAUUACGCAAGUCCAAUUGGCCUGUCCCAGGGUCCCAGGCACAGUUCAGUGCCUCGGCACAAAGCGAGCUGAUGGGACUGCCUUCUGCUGACAAUCAGGAGAACUAGGUCACCUCUGAAGCAGCAUCCCAGAGGGCAAAGCAGUGCGAGUCCAAACACCCUGAGGAGCCAAGCACAUGGACACGUAUUGUCCAAACAGACCUGACACAGCGACGUGAUGCAACGUCAUCAAAAACAGGCGGCAUAGGUUCACACACUGCACCCAUUUUCUCUUGAUGCUGUGUUUGUACAUAUGUGACUGUUUGUGUGUGAGAGGAAAAGAGGAAGCUAAGUUUGGAGAAGGUAUCUCUGAAACAGUGUUAUCUAUAUAAUUACCCGGGGAGACUAAAUGAUGGACAAUUGCAGGAUUAUUUGUUUUCUGCCCUGAACAGUGUGGUUAUGGACCUCUUAUUGUCUUCAUUUGUCCCCAACUUUUAUUGUGAUGAAGAUUUUAGACGUCAGUCAGCAGACGUCAGAAUGUAUAUUUAUGCCCUUUACUCAAGUCACUGUUUUUCAUACAUCUGUGAAAAUACCGUAGUCUCUUCUGUAGAAAGAAAAACUUUUGAAAAAUGUCCCUUUUUUGUCAAUAAAUGUGAAUGUAAUAUUGA